UGUCAUUCAUGUGCCAGAUUUCUGGAUGGAUUGUUUAUAUUUUUUUGAUAAUUUCCAAACUAAAAAAGAAACUAUCCAGUCGCUUUUACGCAUUAAAACAUCCAAAGUGCCCUGUUUUUAAUAAUAAAACCCGAAUAGGAAGCGCUUUGGUCUGUAACCACGGGUUUCUUAGGUAAAGAAGCCCCAAAUGGGGGUUAAACUUCAUGCAGUCCUUAAGGGGCUGCCAAAAGGAUGGGAAACUGCCUUUCCAGUUGUUUGCCGUCAUGCGGAAACCAAGGGGCUCCUUGCAAUUUUACCAUGCUCACGAAUUCCCGCAGUGAUUUCUCCUUCCUUAUUGAUGAGAGAACUUCUGAGGAGAACAACGAAAAAAGGAGUUUCUUGUCAAGAUUUUUAGAAAGACAUAAAAGUAGGCAAAAGAAAAAGUCAGCCGGGGUUGUUGCAGGUUUGGUAAACCCUCAACUUUCUUACCAAAGACUUCCUGAAUCACAACGAGUUUCACCUCAAAGUUCCUAUGCUAGCAAAGAUAUACAGCUUCAGUGUCUGGAUGCCAGGGCUCUCUUAGGAAGAACUGACACAGCCACUCCCGAGAACUCUUUGGACCUGGAGUGGGAACAUGAAACACUCCCAGUGUCCAUGGUACAUGAACCUUCUGGAAGCUCUUGGGGAACAACCAUUUUUCCUGAAGACCCUUUAACUUCACAACCGAACCAAGAAAACCUUAUGAACACAGAUUCAGACUAUUCAAGGGUGUCAUCAUCUGCAAACAGUCUUGAGUGGGACAGUGUUCAGAAUUCAAUUCACUCUGAGGUUGACACUGUAGAUACCGACACACAGUUUUUAUUAAAUGAAAUUGAUCGACUUACUAGGCAGGCAUUGGAGGAGACUGGGAUGAUAAGUGUAAGUGAAGAUGUGACUUAUUUGGACGACAGUUUGUAGGAUUCAAAUACAGGGACUAUAUUUUAAUUGUGGAAAUCGUUUUAGUUUUUUGAAGGGGUAUUUUAAACAACAUUUUAGUAAUUUAAGCAAUAUAAGAUAAUAAGUAAUUAGUCUUGCUGGUUAUAGGUUAAUGAUUUUAUUUACAGUGAACAAAACAAAACAAAAAUAUUAUCAUCACAAGAAUUUAUUCAAUUAAAACUGGAAUUAUUUUGCUUAAUAUUUUCAAACAGAAAAAAAAUCAAAAAAGCAUUGAUUGUACUAAAGGGGCAUCGUUUUGCAUUUUUACUUUAACCAAAAUAUAUAAGAUACCACCAAGUGUCACAUUAAACAUUCUGAACCAUUAUGGGAUGUAUGUUAAUUAUUGAGCUUUAUCAUUCUUUUAUUAAAAAAUUUGUAUUCUUGUUGUGAAAAAACAAUUAACCAUUAAAACUAUAAUCAUUCAAUUAGGGAAUUAUGGUAACGACAUAACUUCAAUAUUACUAAAGAGAAUUUUUUAAUAAGACUGUAAGGUAAAGAAUAUUUUUUAAACAAAGAUAAUUUUUUAUGGUUGCUUUGUUAAAUUAUGCGAGUUUGUGAAAAUCAUAAUAAUGUUACGAAAUGAGGUUGUUUUUUUAUAAAAUAUAGGAUAGAUUCGACAAAUAUUCAGUGGGCAACAAGUGCAUAAAUUUGAUAAGUAUUUCCAAUAUAAAAAAAAUGCAAUGGUAUAAAUAAAUUGCGAAAAGUAUUGGUGUUUAAAAAAUUACCGCACUUUUGAGAACCAAAUAAGUCAAUCUAUUAUUAUCCCAAUGAAUAUUAAGUGCCUGAGCAUUUGGAAAAAAAUUAUUACCUUUAUUUUUAUCAAAUUUAUGCAUUGCUUUGUUAACUCCCACCCUAUGUGGGAAACUUCAAUAUUCCAAUAUGUUUACUGCAAUAUGGAGUGGUUCAGAAAAAUGCUCCCAUUAUAAAUCACAAAAUUUAUAUUAAAUUUUUUGAGCAUGUUAUUUAUCGCAGCUUAUUUUGAAUAUUAAGGGUAACAUUAAUCAGGUUUAAAUGCAGAUAUUAAUAUCUCAUUUUUUACAGUCCGGAAUCUACAAGUCAGUUUUUCAUUCUGAACCACUCUAAAUAAUUUUUUACAGGGCGUUUAUUAAAUAAAAAGGCAUUUAAUGUCCACGCUAAUUUUAUUCGAAUUUUUGUGUGUAUGUUAUAACAAGUUCUUUUUUUUUUAAAUCAAUUUACUUUGUGUCUAUUAGAAUUUACAACAAAUUCCAGGGAUAAUUGUUUUUAAAAUGCCAAUUCAAAUCAUUUUUUGCUCAGGUAAAAAUUCCAAUUAAAAGACAAUCCCAAAGGCUUGUAACCUAAAAAUACUGGAAAAUUUUUACUCUAACUUAUUGUCUAUAUAUUAUUGUAUUACUCUAACUUAUUGUGUCAAUUCUUUCUUAUUUCAUGGGCUUCUUAUGGGAUAAUUCAAGUAAUAUUAGCGAAGUGCUUAUUGCCCAAAAAAGGAUAAUAAGAACCAUGUAUAGAUUUUCUUUGACAACUUCCAGCAAAUCUGUUUUAUCCAUAAAAAAAUAAUAAGUCUGCUUGCAGCAUGCAUAUUCUAGUUUGUGGUUUAUAUAUUGGACAAAAAGUGUGGAAAAGUAUAUGCCUAUUACACCAGAAUUUCAUAUUACUUAGAUUCCUGCCGCUAGUUAAACUAAGGUCUCUCAGUGGCUAGAGAUGCUCUCUUUAAAAAUUUUAAUCACUUGCCUAGAUAUAUCAAGGAAUCUAAAUCUCUGACAAUCUUCAGUUCUAAGAGGGCUAUUAUCCACAAAACCAUAUUCACUACAGGCAUAUUGUUCAUCAAGAUUUUAUGGGGGCCAAACUUUGUAUUGUCUAUAUUUUAUAUGUAGGGCUUUAGUAUACCUAAUUCUUAUUAGUUCUUGUAAAGUCUAAUUUUAUAGGCCAUUUGGAAGCUGAGUUUAUCUUUUUCAUGUUUAAUUUCACUGUCAAUUCAAACUCCAGGGGACAUUCCUGCUAAAUACCUCUCUUGGGUUAUACUCCAUCUCAUUUAUUUCUCAAAAUUAAGGUUAAAAAUAGUAAUUUUUUUGCACUUAAGGGAUAAUUUGUUUUUUUUUUCACACCACUCAAAGACUAUACACAUCCUCCUACAGUCCUCCAGGCAAUUUAUGAUGUAAAUACUUCCGCAUAUUAAUUACUUGAUAUGCUAUUUGUAGAAAGCACACCAUAUUAGUAACCACAGAUCUUUUUUUGGAAAAAACCCUGUUUCUGUAAUUACAUAUUUAAUUUCAUAAGACAACUUGUGAUGCACAUGAGGUUUAAAGGAUUCAGAAAGUCGGGCAGAAUUGAAACUGGUCCUUAGUUUUCUACACUGCCAUUCGUAAAAAUGAUACAAAUUUUCGGUAUUUUCCACCACUCAGGAAACUAUUUAUGGACAUUGCAUAAAAUAUGUGAGAGUAUAAGUUAGAUAACUUUAUAUCGUCGGCUAAGUGUGUUAAACUGCUAACUCCGUUUUCUACCAUUUUACAGGAAGUUAAAAAAACAUUCUAAUUUUACAAUUUACAACAUAGUUGUUUAUUUUUUGUUUCCAAAUCAUAACGUUUGAAUAAAAACCAUCAUUAUUUUUUUAUUUUUAUUUUUUUUUAACAAAAAUACAAAAAAAAAAACAUUCUUUGGUAAUAAGGAAAAUAUGAACAGAAAAUCAGAUCUAAAAAAAUUUCCUAUUUUGAACAUUCUAAAUCACUAAAAUUAAAACACAAAACAAACUAAUCAUGGGAAAUAUUGUCAUAAAACUCAUGGUAGUCGACAGGCAGGGUUGCUUUUAGGAAUUGUAGGUCAUUAAAUUUCCUUUUUGAAAUUUUACGUCUCUUAGUAUAAAGUUGAUUUAGACUAUCAAAUGGACAGGAACUUACAUUUGAAGAUUUUCUUUGGGGUAAUAUUUGCCAUGUAUCUUCAAAACUUAAUUUAUAAAAUAUACCUCCAUCUGGGAUAUAUUGCAAUGCCCUAAUCUGCGUUACCUUUGCAUCACCUUUAUUUCUUCCUGGACGGAUACAUUUGAAGAAGUCAAUUUUAUCAAAUUUUUUUAAAAAAGUGAAGUUAAGGUAAUUUAUUUAUUUCAAUAUACGGCAGAGCCAGUUUACAAAAACAAAAUAGAUAAUACAAAAUACUAAACAAUAUAGCAAUAUAAAUACAAUACUAGAAUUACAAAAAAAAUAUAUAUAUACCAAGAUAAAACCUCUGAAAAAACAGUCAUCAACAGGGCUAAAAACUUAGCACUAUCCAAGGAACGUAGGUUAAAGUGUAAGAUUAUUUAUUUUUGAUUUGAAUGGAGAAAAAAACCCAUAGUUGGCCGAAUGAAAGGGUAAACGAAACAUAGAAGAGUUGAUCCUUCUUUGACAGGUGUUAAAAGGAAUUGCUUCCAAGAUGGUAGGACAGUGAUAUAAACCAUUUAAGAUCUUAUAAAACGUUAAAGCAUCAGAAUAAUGCCGUCUGACUUCAAGAUUAGGGAUAUUAAAUUGGACACUGAUAGCAUUAUAGUCGAUGUAAUAAUUACGAAAAAUAUGAACUUCAGCUCUAUAAGCAAGGGAUCUUAAGAAUCUUCUUUGUACAGCCUCAAGGUAUUCAAUAUGAGAAUCAUAAUAAGGGGACCAAAUUACAGACGCAUACUCAAGCAAGGAACGUACCAAAGAGUAAUAAAGUAAUUUGAAACAAUAAGGUGAAAGAUGUACACUAUUUCUAGUGAUAAAACCAAGACUACGCAUACUCCUGUUAAUAAUAUCCAAAAUGUGCGGCAAAAAAGUUAGCUUGGUAUCAAAGAGAACACCUAAAUCUUUAACUGUAUCAACUGACUUGAGUUUGUUACUGUUGAUUGUGUAUUGAUAAUUAAUAAUUUUAUUAGAACGACCAAACGAAAUACAUACACACUUCUUUACAUUCAGUUCCAGACUAUUGCUAUUACACCACUCAGCAACACUAUUUAAAUCCAAUUGAAGUAGCUCAGCAUCAAGAUAUGACUCAAUGGCUUUAUACAGUUUAAAAUCAUCAGCAAAAGCAAGAUGUUUUGAAUGAACAAUUACAUCACUCAAAUCACUUAUGGACAAGUUAAAAAAGACCGGUCCAAUAUGCGAACCUUGAGGCACGCCUGAAGAUACUUCAAUACCAUUAGAAAUAUAAUUACUUAUCCUGACCAACUGUGUGCGACCAGUCAAAAAACUGUGACAAAACUCGACCAAAGUCCUACCAAGGCCCAUAGCCCCAAACUUCUGAACCAGAUGUUCAUGACCAACCCUAUCAAAGGCCUUUGAGAAGUCUGUGUACACACUAUCGACCUGUACAGACCUCUCAAAAGCACCAAUCAAAUCAUACUGGUAAGUCAACAGGUUAGUCACCGUAGAUCUACCCUGACAAAAACCAUGCUGAUGAUCACUAAGCAAUCGCCUACAGUGCCACGAAAAUCGCACAGAAAACAACCUGUCAAACAGUUUAGGAACUACAGACUGAAUACACACACCUCUAUAGUUACAAAUAUCAGUUCUAUCAUUUUUAUGAAUUGGCGUUAAAAAGCUUACCUUCCAAUAAUCAGGAAAUUUGCCUGAUGUAAAGCAAAGAUUGAAAAGGUGAUGCAGAGGCUUACUCAGAGUGCACACACAGUUUUUAAGAAAAACAGAUGGGAUACCAUCAGGGCCAAAAAAAUGUUUUCGGAAGGCGUAAGAUUUCAUCAAAUAUGUCCAAUAAAGAAAAAGAGAUGCGAUUUAAAUCCAGACUGUAAUCAAAUUUAUAGUCAGGAGCCUUGCGGACGGUUGCCUGUAUGUAGUUUCAAAAUACCUAGCAAAUAAGUUUACAAUAUCUUGACCAUUACCAGCAACCUCGGCUUACAUAUGCAUGCUAUUGGGGUAUGAAUCAGACCUACGUAAUCUAUUGAUGUGUUUCCAAAAUGAAGAAGGAUCAUGAGAAAUUUCAGUAUUUAAUCUUUCAAUAUAUGACCUAAAACAUUCAUCACGAAGAGUUUUACAUUUAUUCCUCAAAUUUGAAAAAUUAACAUAAUCCAUGGGAUUCUUACUAUUUUUGAAUUUUGUGUGAGCAAUCUUUUUUUGAAUAACAAGAUUCUGUAAUUUUCUACUAAACCAAGUGGGAAAAUUAGAUGAUUUAAAAUGUUUAAUUGGAACAAACAUCUCAAUAGCAAAAUAGAGAGCAUUGUAAAAAAUAUCAAUGCAUUUAUUAAUAUCCUUCUGAUUAAAAGCAGUAUCCCAAUUCAUGCAAGCAAGGUAAUUAUUAAUGGCAACAAAAUCACAGUUUACAAAAUCAUAAUAAUAAACAUCAUACUUAAGACUAAAAUCACAAUUAAUAGGAAUACUUAUUUCAUAAGCAGGAUGGUGGUUUGAUGCCGGUGAUAAAUUUUCAGUAGCAUAUAUGACUUUAACAUUUGACAAACUUGAGAAAAAACAGAUCAAGAAAUGUACCAAACAAAUUUGGCAAGCCAUUCACCUGCUUAAGAUUAAGAUAGUUACAACAACUACAUAGCACAUUUGCAGAUGUUAUAGACUCAGCCGUCUCAACAUGCAGUCCGUUCACAGUGUUCCUCCAUACCGCAUGUGGCAGAUUAAAAUCACCACAAAAUAGAAUAUCACAACUAGUAUGAAUACUCGCAAGAUCCAUGGAUGUAGAGGCAAAUUCCUCAUAAAUUGAUAAAGGAGAAGCAGGAGGGAUGUAGACAGCACCAAAAAUGAUAUUCUUGUCACUGCAUGAUACAAGCACAAAGAUGUGUUCCAGGGUUGAAUCACUGGUCUGUAAUAACCUGGCUUUAAAACAUUUACGAACAGCAAUCAAAGUGCCACCACCCCUUUGCCUCCCUGUAUUUGUGUAACUUCGAUCCUGACGGAAAAUAUUGAAGUCAGUGAACCUUAACUCCGAGUCUAGAAAAUCUUCAUUAAGCCAAGACUCCACCAAAAUCACAACAUCAUAUAUGCAACUGUUGACAGCAUUCCGCAGAUCAGCUAUUUUAGUUCGCAAACCACCUGCAUUAUGAAAGUAUACAUUUAGUUUCCUUUCCAAUUUACUUCGUAAGGGGUAGGAAUUUUACGAGCAUUUCUACAAACUUGUAUAUACUCAGCGGGUACAUUGAUAUUUCGUGUAUUUAACCCGUUAUUAAAAAUGGUUAUCGAUAGUGGCUUUAGACUUCGAUUUUUGCACCAUUUACAUAAAAGUCCUAUAAUGCCUCUUUCGAAUGCCAUUCUGGAAGGAGGUACUUCUUUUCCGUUUGAGAUCUGCAGUAAUGUGACUCAAGUGAAGGCAUGGAAUCUAAAAACUCAAACAGUUUUUCUUUGGCAUCUUGAAAAGGCUUAGCUUUUUUCUCACUGUUUCUACGUGAAUAAGGAGCUUCCUUUGGUGUUGAUAUAUUCUUCCAAUUUAACACUGACCAUCUUCCAAUACCCAGUGUAUUUAGGAACAUUAAUCGGCAUACUUGUACCAAUUCAUCAUUUAUUUUUAAAUGAUAUUCCAAUGUUUGUCCUCUUCUAGAUUCGUCGGGAAUAUUUCUUUGUCCUUGUCUCUUUGGAAGAAUAGAUUUAACUAAACUCUCAACGUAUAUCUUUUUUUCUUCCUACGCCAACUGCCAAAAGUAAUUAAAAAUUGUUUUUCUGUCAACUUCUUCUAUUGAUGCACAUCUAAGUAUGCCUUUUGAAGUUACUGGACACCUGCACUUUUCUUUCAUUUUUCGUGGCUGCUUGGGUUCAUCAUAUUUCCACCGAUUAUUACUCUUUUUUCUUCCCAAAUAUGGUUUACCUCUCUCCCGUAAAAGUUUAUUUUUUUCAACAAGCCAUUCAGAUUUAUCAACCUGGAAUCUUUUCUUUCGUUUUUUGCUUUUUUCUGGAUAAUCAAACGCCUCAUCCGAGUCAGAAUGGUCAGAGUAUGGAACCAGAGGAUGGUUUUUAUUUAUUUAUUUAUUUAUAAUACAAGAAAACCCCAUUCACUGUAAAUUUUACAAAGCAAUAAUAUUUACAUAAACAACUGUCAUAAUCUAAACCUACUUAAAAAAUUAAUAUCAAAGUAAAAAACACCUAUACUACAUAUACUAGAAACAACCUUUAUAAUUUAUAUGCAAGAAUGUAAAUACAAAAUUUUAUGCACAAUUAUGAAGUAAGUGACCUCUUUAGAUGCAUUAAGGAACUUAUGUUAAACACAUCAAUAUUCGAAUUGUUUAACAAAUUCAUAUACCUAUCCAUAGGAUUAUUAAUUCCAUAGGAUGUUCUGUGGAAUGGAAUGUUAAAGGUUACAUUAUGGCGCAACCCGUGAUGAGGAACAUUAAAUCGUAUGCGACCCAACAGAGCAGGGCAAUCAAUAAGCCUGUUAACGAUCUUAUAUAUAAAACUAGCACCAGAAAUAUUACGGCGUUGCGACAGUGUCGGAAUAGAUAAUUGACUUUCAAUAUAAGAAUAGUCAUGGUUCUCAAUAACAGUUAAAGUUCUUUGAGCACAAUAUCUCAGGAAUUUAUGUUGAACUCUUUCUAAAGCAUCGAUAUGAAUCUGGUGGUAUGGAGACCAAACUACAGGGCAGUACUCCAAUAUAGUUCUUACUAGGGAGCAAUAAACCCUUCUUGUUGAAGAGACUGAGAAAUAUGAACAGUUUAUCAUAACAAACCCUAGCAAUUUUGAUGCUUUUACAGAAAUUGAAUUAAUAUGAUCAAUAAAUGUGAGUUUCUCAUCAAAAAUAACUCCCAAAUCCCUAAUAGAUGCAACAUAAUUCAGUGGCUCAUUAUUAAUGAAGUAAUUGGAUUGAAACCGGUUGAUCCUGCGAGUGAAACUAAUAACACAACAUUUCUUAACAUUUAAAUGAAGAUUGUUUUGUUCACACCAAUUAUUUAGGAGAUCCAUAUCUGCUUGUAGUAAUUCUUGAUCCACAAUACUACCAACCACCCUCCAAAAUUUUAAGUCGUCUGCAAACAUCAAACACUGACUAUACAGGAAACAGUUAACUAUAUCAUCAAUAAAUAAAUUAAAUAAUAAGGGUGAUGUAUGCCCUCCCUGAGGGAGACCUGAUGUUACGCUGAUAGGAUCAGAAAGAUGUCCACCUACCCUGACCCUUUGAAUACGGCCAGUUAAGAAUUUUUAAUCCAACUCACAAAAUCAACAUGAAACCCUACGGAGAUCAGUUUUGACAGAAGAAUUUGAUGAUCAUACGAUCAAACGCCUUACUAAAAUCGGUGUAUAUAGAAUCAAUUUGUUUAUGAUCCUCUAAUUUACUCAUAAGAUCAGAUUGGUAACAGAUCAAGUUAGUGGCAGUAGACUUAUUCUUGCAAAACCCAUGCUGUGAAUCUGAUAUUAAGCCUUUGCAUAACCAAGAAAGUUGAUUAGCUAUAAGGCUAUCAAAAAGUUUAGGUAUUGAAGAUUGAAUGCAAAUACUUCUAUAAUUAUCUAUGACAUCCCGACGGCCAGCUUUAAACAAUGGCACAAUAAAACUUUCCCUCCAGGCAAUUGGAAAUGUGGAUGUUUGUAAGGAAGCAUUAAAUAACAAAGAUAAAGGAAUAGCAAGAGUACAUACACAUUUUCUCAAGAGAAAAUUCGGAAUCCCAUCUGGGCCUGCAGUAAUCUUGUUAGGGAGUGAGCUAAUACCUUCAAAUAUAUCAUAUGUUAAGAUCUUAGUAUUCUUAGUAAUUUUUUAUUUAAACCAUAUUAAAAUAAUAUGGUUUAAAUAAAUAUAUUUAAUAAUAAUAUAUUUAAAUUUAAACCAUUAGCGGGACCAUUUUGCAGCUGAUUAUUAUCAAUACCAGGAGAAUAAACAGUUUGGAAAAAUUCUUUAAACAUGUUUGCAAUAUCCAAACCACUGGACGCUUGCUUGUCACCAUAAAAGAGUUACUCUGAUCAGAAUCCGAUAUUGAAUAGUCAGGAUCUAAUUGAUCUUCGGCCAAAGAUUCGGAAUCUGUUAUACCUGCUUCUAUAAUAUCAUGGUUCUUUUUCGUAUUAUCUUCGGCUAGGGAUACGGAAUCUGUUGUACUUGAUUCUCGAGUAUCUCGGUUCUUUUCUGUAUCUUGGGUCAAGGAUGCGGAAUUUGGUGUACCUAAUUCUAGAGUGUCUUGUUUCUUUUCUGUAUAAUUUACUUCCAACUUAAGCAUUCUGGUUCUUCGAUCAAAGAAAGUAGUGUGACAUCGUCAUUUUCUAUAGCAAAAGGACAGUCUAUUUGAUGUGAUGUAAGAGUCGAGUUAUCCAUAUUCCAAAUUCAAAACAUGAUUCAGCGGAAUAUCCAUAUUUUCUUCACCAGCAGAUAAAACACUGUCGACAUCGACAGCGUUAACUAAAUUAUCUUCUAAGGUAACAUCAUCAUUGGGUUCCGUAAAGAUAUUUUGAGCCAUUUGUACUAUUAGCCUACUGCGAUCGGAACAACGAUUCAUCUGUAAUAAAAACAAAACUCCCUAACAUUUAUGCAACUCAAUAGUGGGUACACAGUAUUGGUAUUCAAAAAAAAUAAAAACAUUAACAAAAAAAAAAUAAUUUAAUUUUUUUAAGAAUUUAUAGUUUUUUUAAACUUCAGAGUCAUUCCAAAGUUGAUGAUUUCCUUUUAACUGGAAUCACCCUGUAUGAACUAACUGACUAUUAAAUUUAUAUUUAGGGAAUAUCAUCUAAACGGGAGAACUAUAAUUAUAAUUUUAAAAAUGUAAUUAUAAUUCAAAUAAUUAAUAAUGCCCUUAAGGAUUUACUUACAGAAAACCUGUUAUAAUCAAGAAAAAUAAAUAUAAUGAAAUUGGAAAAACUGCUAACUCCAUAAUAUUCGUAAUAGGCUAUUUUUUAUAAGUUAUAAUAAUUAUAAUAACAAAUAAACUAUAUUAUAACAUAAAUGGUACUUACCUUUGGCCAGUUAAUGCUUUGGAAUUAUUCAUUCAUUCAACUACUAUUAUUUUUCUAUAAAAUUCGUAUAAACAACGGAGGCACGUGUGCGAGUGGCAACAGGUAUGUGUAGUUUAACGCAUGACAGCGGAGAUAGCAGAUUUUCAACGGCGAAUAAAUUAAACAUUAAGGAAGCAGUUUUCCGUUUGGCCGAUUACUCGGGUUUAGAGUAAAAAGUUGAUGUAGCCUUUUUUCGUAUAGGUGUAAAACGGAAUUAUUACGCUUUAAAAUGUAUAAAAAUCAGUAUUUGGCCUAAAAAUGGAGUUAGCAGGUUAACGCACUUAGCUGACGAUAUGUCAUUUCAUAGGGUGAAAAGACACACCAUAAAUUGACUAAUACACACACAAAAUUUGAAUGAAAUUAGGAAUUAAAAACUACUUUAAACCUUGCACACCUAGUAUCCAACUUUAUUCCAUAUUUCCUUACAUUUUUGCUGUAUAUGUAUUAAACACCCUGUAUAAACAAAUAACCUUAACAUUUUGGUGCUAAAUUUGCAAUUAAAUUACUUGCUUUAAAUUCUUUUAAGGGCUUAUAAUAUGAACCUGUGUGUUGUUAAGUUUGCACCAUGUAAAAUAAAUAAUAUUGUGGUAUGUGACAUUCAUUUAGACGGGACCACCCAAGAAAACACAACAUCUGAAAUAACUAAAUAGGGGCAUUUCAUGUUAACAUAUCACACAUUAAGUAAAUAAUAAAAAUAGUGUUAUAUAAAA